ACGAUUGAUAAAAAUAAACCUCACAUAAAACGAAUAACUUUACAGUCAAUAAAAAAUUCAAUAACAAUAAAAGAAAAAAUUCUAAACACACUCGCAUGAUGUGUUUACUACUGGUACUACUAUUUUUAGCAGAUGUGGAAUCUUUUCAUAAUCCUGACGAAAAUAUUACCAGAGAUGUAGGUAACAGUUUGAUUGCGUUUUUGAACGCACCAACUAAUGAAAGAAUACUAGAACUAAAUGGUAGAUUGAAAACUGUAGAACAAUAUAUCGUUGACAAAGAUAAGAUUGCUGAGUUGAUUACCAACGUGACGCGCCAAACAAACUUGAAUCAUACAAAUUUCUUUAAAGCAUUAACCGAAGAUGACCAUUAUUUACUUCAAAAUAAUAACGAAUCGAAAAGUUUGUAUCUGAAACUGAAGGAAAAAAUGAACAGAGAUGACAUACUGAAGGUAUUUAUUGAAAAAGGAGGUGAUACCCAACUGGUGCAAUCUGCUAGAAAGAUGAUGGGUGAUGAUCGAUUAGGGAAAAUUGAUGAUGUAAUAAAUAAUGUAGUUGAUAGUAUGAUAGCUGAAACUGCCUCAGAUGAUCACAAGUUUGAAGCAAGAGCUAACGACAGUAUGUAUUGGGACCCUCAGGGAGAACUAGAAGACCUAAAAGAAUACCAUCGCCACGAUGGCAGGCGUUUGUACAAGGGAGAGAGGACCACCGUGAGGUACUACCCUUUCAUGGUGUCCAUACAAGUGAUGGGCAGGUUCUGGUGCGGAGGAGUUAUUUACUGGCAUGACCUGGUGCUCACUUCCGCUGCUUGCUUGCAACUGAUGCACAACAACAGGUUCUUUCGCGAGAACCCUCGAGUGCUGCAAGUGAGGAUCGGCAGCAACCACAGCAGACUGGGAGGGGAAGUCCUUGAUGCGCUAGAGGUUUACUUCCACCCCGCCUACAACCCUCGCACCCUUCGCAACAACAUCGCCGUGAUUCGCCUCCGUAAGCACCUCUAUUUCAACUACCACCGCAUCCCGAAGGUCAUCGCCAUCUCCCACAACGCUCACAGCCUGCCGGCUACUGCUGAGGUUCUGUUACUAGGCUGGGGUGUUACUAAGAUGUCGCAGAAGUUAUCUUAUGAGCCGGUGUUUCUGCAGCGGAAGUUUCUACCGAUCUAUCCGAAUGCUUUCUGCAAGGAAGUCUAUGGCGAUAAAUUCAUAACGUCGAGUAUGUUUUGCGCCGGCACAUUUACGACGGGAGAGGGUGCGUGUGAUCACGACGCAGGUGGUCCAGCGAUACUGUCAGGCAAGCUUGUCGGCAUCAUAUCGUUCGGGCCGGCGGUCUGCGGCUUCCCUAACGUGCCCACUGUGUUCACGCUUGUUGGAGCGUAUGCUGAUUGGAUAGAAACUAUUAAUGAGACUAUGCCGCUAUACUACCGUGGCAAUAAGCGCACAACCACCACAACCCACUCGCCCCUGGUGGCGUACUUCAACACGUGGGUCCAAGAGCCCGCCACCACUACCGGCGUGAACCCGCUGGUGGUGCCCACUACCAUCCCCCACGAGCCGGUCAUCACCACCAGGCCGACGUCACCAGCGCUGAGGAGAGGAGACGAGGAAACUGAUGGAAAUGAUGGGAAUGAUGGAUGGAGUAUUGAUUUGAAGAAAUGAUUCGAAUUUAAGGCGCUGCGUAAAUUGUGUUAGCUUGUUAAGGAGAAAUAUUAUGAAACUGGGGCCUUAUUCUCUAUCCCGCAUGUUAUUUGAACAGUGUGUAACAAGCACGGAA